CACUACGCGUAGAGCUUGAAUUUUAGUCAAUAUGAUAUCCAGACAGCUGGGGUUAUCCAUUGCCGACGCCGAUUCGCCUGGAGAAUAUGCCACAGCAAGAUCAAACUUCUCUUAUAGGAAAGGGGCUCACGAUGUAGUUGCAGACGCCUCAAGAAGUAAAAUUACCUUGCGAAACAAUGCAAACGAAGGUAGUUCUUCUAAGGACAUCAGUCGUACAAGUAAAAGUAGCUGCGGUUUGCUGGAAGAAGAUAGUAUAUACGUGACGGUGGGGGAUAUGAAAGAAAAUAAAGGUUACCUAACCACGUACAUUGACUACAAGGUUGAAGUAAGGGAGGACAGGCCAGAUGCGGAUCCAGUAGUGUGCUGUCGGCGGCGGUAUUCUGAAUUCGAAUGGCUUAAAGACCGCUUGCGGGGAGAGAAACCUUUGUUUAUCAUACCGG